AUGCAUCGACCAGAAAUUAUUUCCUCCGCUGUGCUAGAGGCUUCCUUCCUCUUUCGCUUACCAGAGCAACAGGAGCUAAAGGCCGAGUUAAUUCCAUAUCUCACCUCAAAGGAAACACGCGAUGUCGUGUAUUUGUGUUGUUUGAAGCAUGCUGAAGAAGAAGCAAGACGAAAAGAGUUCGGGCUCCUGAUGUUACAUACCAUGCCUAGUUUUCCACCCUCUAAAAAGACGCUUGAAAAAGUACUGGUGAGUUGCGAAGAUUUUAUGUUGAAGAAAACAUCCUAUUCACACAUAUAUAAGGAACUAUAUGCCCUUGUGGAAACCUAUCACAGUCAUGUUUCUCUUCAGUCUUUGCUGAGAGCACCAAUGAAUGCUCAAAAAACAUUACCCAACGUAUGGCCAACACCCGCAUACAUCGUCAAAUUUUCAAUUCAAUGUCCUGUAGAUCAUUCAAAGAAAAAACUCAAGUUCGUUGAAUUUCCUGUAGAAAACAACGAUGCUAUCGAAACUCCAAUAAACCCGCUCCCAUUCGAAAGUAAGAUUAUUAAUACUAGUGCUAACUGUAAGGAUUACGUUUACCAGUUCCCACUUGUAUGCACUGACAAAUUUAUUGGACAGCAAAUUGGACUCCUCACGCACUUUUGGGAUCAUUUUCGAAGCAAUACGAUAGUUAUCAAGGCUACAGGCAUUUUGAUCAAGCAAAUCUGUGAUGGGUAUGUUGCCAAGCUGCCAUUUGGGCCUCCAUAUUCUCUUCUUCGGAUGGUGAGUGUGUGCUAUUUGCCCACCUUGUUUGAGUGGAUGGAGAGUGAUUAUUUUUGUGUUCGAAAUAACGUUUACGAUCUUUUGCUAACGUUAGGGAUGCACCUCCAACUUGUUGAUACGAGGGGAGCGGUGUAUCCAGGAUGCACUGAGGCGUUACAGAGGGAGUUAAUUUGGAUUCUUCUUAAUGUGGUGAGUCGCCAAACACUUCUUAAACCUUACGAUGAUACCACUUGGAAGGUUGCCGCGAAGUGUGUCUUAGCGAUGGUUCCUAGUACUCAAAGGCACCUUAUUGAUUGUCGUGCGCUUCUUCAAUUUCUGCGUAUUUCCUCGCUAGCAUCACAUAAUCCAACGAUCUUUGGAGCAUUGGCUGUAGCCUUCGCAAAAAGUUUACUCUGCCAACAUGAGACCGAUGAAGGUCAAUACUUUGUUCUGAAUGAAAAUGAGUUUGACAAACUUGGCAGUGGCGCUUUGCACAGUAUUCAUGACUUAUAUCGUAAAUCCAGCACAGUCGGGGCAAGGGAGGCAUUUUUCAGAAUUAUCUUUGCUUGUGCAGUGUAUCGGAUACAGAGAGUGUGGGGUUAUGAAAUAUCAGCGCACCAGUUGCAGCAAUGCUACAAUGCUUUUAUUUCACUAGAUCUCUUCUGGUACUUUUAUCCUUUCCUAUUUUAUGAAUCACAUGAGGCAUCGCAUCAAUUUGCCACUCAACUUACCUACGACCUUGAGUAUGCAGAUUUCAAUGAGAUCUACGCGCUCAUUGUGAAAAUUAUACAAUGCAUGUUGGAGAUGGCUGAAGAAGAUUCAGCCUUGCCAAGUGCUGUUAUUAGUACUAUCCUUCAAGCUGAAAAUAGUGUGGAAAACUCACUUCAACGUACUAUUGAGGAUAUCAUAAUGACUGUACCGUUCCUCUUGAGAGAGGAAUCGAGUGUAAGAAUUUAUAAUGUACUUUGGCGUCUUUCGCUUUACUGUAUUCGUUAUAGCCAUGAAAAAUUACCUCAAGGAACUUGUAAUAAGCUGAUUGCAAAUCUUUCACAUAAUUUAUGUUCCUUUUCAGGUGUUACCAAUGAGAGAGAGAGAGCCUUUAUUAGCAGAGUGUGCCCAGAUUUGAUCACUUCACUUGUAUUUUUGGGACGCACUGAACCAGGCCAUGCACUUGUCAUGAUUAACAAUCUUCUUGAGGAGCUUUUGUUCACUCCUGGUGUGAAGUGUAGCUUUAAUAUGCUCUUCACUCUCACUAUCAGAUUGAUUGAAAUUAUUGCCGUUCGAAACAGCCCACUUCAUAGAGCUGCCGAAACAACUGAUCUUUUACAUCUUCUAUGUGAUGGUUUUCUUGUGGUGCCCGUUUUAUCUGCAAAAUCUCUCGGAGUGAGAAUCCUUUGGGGUCUUUACCGUCUUCUUUGUGCAGAUAAUUCUGUUGCGGCCUGUAAUAUUCGUUACUUGCUUGUUUGCAUUCUUGCUACUGUAGAAAACGAUAUGGUAUUCUGUAAAACUUCAUGGCUUACAGUCAGUCACGAUCCAAAUCGAAGGGUAUCACUGAUAGGUAAAAAGAUGGUAGCAAAUAGCCUCUCUAAACAGCGCCUUGUUGGUGUGGAGAAGAGAUGGAAGUGA